AAACACCCGUGUCCUCCACAUGAAUAACUACCCUCUCUUUCUCUUCAUAAAUACACCUCUUCACCUUCUUCACUAAUCAUCAACUUCCAAUUCUCUCUCUCUCUCUCCAACAUGGCCAUCAGAAAAUCAAACAAGACUUCUCAAACCACAGUCCUCAAGCAAAUCCUCAAAAGAUGUUCCAGCUUGGGAAAGAAGAACGACUACGACAAUAACGAUGAUGCUCUUCCUCUCGAUGUCCCCAAAGGCCAUUUCGCUGUCUACGUCGGAGAAAACAGAAGUAGAUACAUUGUUCCCAUCUCCUUUUUGACUCAUCCUCAGUUUCAGUCCCUCCUUCGACAAGCUGAGGAAGAGUUUGGCUUCGAUCACGAUAUGGGACUCACUAUUCCCUGCCAAGAAGUUGUUUUCCGCUCUCUAACAUCCACACUACGAUGAUGAUCCAUUGCUUCAAGAAGAAAGAUCGAAGCCAGCCCCAUUUCGGCUUUUAGAUCUUCAUCAUCAGACUCUAACUUUUGUCUCCGUGAAGAAUUUCUACGGGUGAAAAUUGUAUAAAGGGUUUGCUGUUCAUCAGAUUUUCCUCCCAGAGGUUCUAUACUGUAUGCCCUGUGAGAGAAUUUAGUUUUUUUUUUCAAUGGAAUCUAGGAAGUUUGAUGUCA